AUGGAAACUACUUUAAUAAAGGCUAUUGAGAAAGGUGGGUUUUUCAAUCAUAAACCAUCAAUAUUCUUUUCUCAACUUUCGUCAAAAGAGGAUUGUGUGGUUUGUAGCACGUAACUGCACCACAAGUGUCAAUAGUAUCUGCUGUGUCAAUGUCUGUUAUGUGGGUAAAAAGCAACGGCAAAUGUCAAUAAGCUCUCAAAUACCGCCGCCUGGUUAGUUCACGUUUUAGAGCGCCGGAGGUCGAGGGUUCAAGGCCUAGACCGGAAAUUCAUCGUUAUCAUCAUCAAUUGAAGCUUAAUUGGUGGCCGAUUUGCACUAGCUCUUUAUUGUUCAUUUUCAGUUCUUCCUAAAUUUCAAAUUUUCUUCAUUAUCAUAAUUUUUUCCUAGCUAAAUGACAAAUUAAGUCGAUUUUAUUACUAAGUUUAUAACUUAACAGUGAUGAAUAACCUUGAAUCACCAGUUUUUCUCUCCUCUUUAGGAGCCAGAGCUUGUGUCGAACUUUGCUUGUAUAAAGAAGCGAGGAGCUGGUUGCAUAUGGGAUUGGCCGUAUCCUUUAACGAAUGUUUCAUACGUGAUACGAGAUGCAAUGCGAGUAAUGUUUCCAGGAAAAUCAAUACGUUCCAGACAGAUUCUUCUACGCAUAAUGCAUGCGAUGUUCUCUGACACUGCACUGAGCAGAUAAAAGAAGCUAAAAAAUUAUUAAGGAGUUCUCUCGAUUAUUCCACGAAACUUUACUUAAAAGAAGAGGCCACAUUAACUAAUUUGCAUAGUUUGUGCUAGAAGCCCCUCGUUUUUGUCUUCAGACCAGCGUCACCAUGACAACCAAACCUAACCCAAAAGGUACGCUUCGGAGCUGGUUAACACUCUCGAAUAACUUGAAAUAGAUCUCUACAAGAAACCCACGUUCAAAUGAUCAUUCCAUUUAUUUUCAAAAUACACAUUUCCACCGGAUUUUCGCAAAUCCGCUCAUGAUUUAUCUACCCUUGACACGUAUUAAGAUUGAAAACAACAACGAACUUCUGCUUCAAUUCAUUAAUUCAAUUAAUAAGGAAAACUAAUGCUGAACUGAGAGUCAUAGCAAACAGUUAUUGCAAUCUCUGCAACAAAACAGCAAUCGAGUGCCAUCAACGUCAUCUAGAAAUUGCUAAAGAGGUGGGAGACGAGGCCAGAGAAGGAACAAGUUAUGGCGGUCUCGGCAACGCUUAUCAAGGUCUAGGACAAUUCAAAACAGCAAUCGAGUACCAUCAACGUCAUCUAGAAAUUGCUAAAGAGGUGGGAGACAGGGCCGGAGAGGGAGCAAGUUAUGACGGUCUCGGCAAUGCUUAUCGAGGUCUAGGACAGUUCAAAAUAGCAAUCGAGUACCAUCAACGUCAUCUAGAAAUUGCUAAAGAGGUGGGAGACAGGGCCGGAGAGGGUGCAAGUUAUGGCGGUCUCAGCAAUGCUUAUCGAGGUCUAGGACAGUUCAAAACAGCAAUCGAGUACCAUUAACGUUAUCUAGAAAUUUCUAAAGAGGUGGGAGACAAGGCCGGAGAGGGAACAAGUUAUGGCGGUCUCGGCAACGCUUAUCAAGGUCUAGGACAGUUCAAAACAGCAAUGGAAAACCAUCAACGUCAUCUAGAAAUUGCUAAAGAGGUGGGAGACAAGGCCGGAGAGGGAACAAGUUAUGGCGGUCUCGGAAACGCUUAUCGAGGUCUAGGACAGUUCAAAACAGCAAUCGAAAACCAUCAACGUCAUCUAGAAAUUGCUAAAAAGGUGGGAGACAAGGCCGGAGAGGGAACAAGUUAUGGCGGUCUCGGCAACGCUUAUCGAGGUCUAGGACAGUUCAAAACAGCAAUCGAGUACCAUCAACGUCAUCUAGAAAUUGCUAAAGAGGUGGGAGACAAGGCCGGAUAGGGAGCAACUUAUGGCGGUCUCGGCAAUGCUUAUCGAGGUCUAGGACAGUUCAAAACAGCAAUUGAGUACCAUCAACGUUAUCUAGAAAUUUCUAAAGAAGUGAAAGACAAGGCUGGAGAGGGAAGAAGCUGUGGCAAUGUCGGCAACGCUUAUCAAGAUCUAGGACAGUUCAAUACAGCAAUCGAGUACCAUCAACGUCACCUAGAAAUUGCUAAAGAAGUGGGGGACAAGGCCGGAGAGGGAGCAAGUUAUGGCGGUCUCGGCAACGCUUAUCGAGGUCUAGGACAGUUCAAAACAGCAAUCGAGUUCCAUAAACGUCAUUUAGAAAUUGCUAAAGAAGUGGAAGACAAAGCCGGAGAGAGAGCAAGUUAUGGCGGUCUCGGCAACGCUUAUCGAGGUCUAGGACAAUUCAAAACAGCAAUCGAGUACCAUCAACGUCACCUAAAAAUUGCUAAAGAAGUGGAAGACAAGGCCGGAGAGGGAACAAGUUAUGGCGGUCUUAGCAACGCUUAUCAAGGUCUAGGACAAUUCAAAACAGCAAUCGAGUACCAUCAACGUUAUCUAGAAAUUUCUAAAGAGGUGGGAGACAAGGCCGGAGAGAGAACAAGUUAUGGCGGUCUCGGCAACGCUUAUCGAGGUCUAGGACAGUUCAAAACAGCAAUCGAAAACCAUCAACGUCAUCUAGAAAUUGCUAAAGAGGUGGGAGACAAGGCCGGAGAGGGAACAAGUUAUGGCGGUCUCGGCAACGCUUAUCGAGGUCUAGGACAGUUCAAAACAGCAAUCGAACACCAUCAACGUCAUUUAGAAAUUAUUAAAGAGGUGGGAGACAAGGCCGGAGAGGGAGCAACUUAUGGCGGUCUCGGCAAUGCUUAUCGAGGUCUAGGACAGUUCAAAACAGCAAUUGAGUACCAUCAACGUUAUCUAGAAAUUUCUAAAGAAGUGAAAGACAAGGCUGGAGAGGGAAGAAGCUGUGGCAAUGUCGGCAACGCUUAUCAAGGUCUAGGACAGUUUAAAACAGCAAUCGAGUACCAUCAACGUCACCUAGAAAUUGCUAAAGAAGUGGGGGACAAGGCCGGAGAGGGAGCAACUUAUGGCGGUCUCGGCAACGCUUAUCGAGGUCUAGGACAGUUCAAAACAGCAAUCGAGUUCCAUAAACGUCAUUUAGAAAUAGCUAAAGAAGUGGAAGACAAAGCCGGAGAGGGAGAAAGUUAUGGCGGUCUCGGCAACGCUUAUCGAGGUCUAGGACAAUUCAAAACAGCAAUCGAGUACCAUCAACGUCACCUAAGAAUUGCUAAAGAAGUGGGAGACAAGGCCGGAUAGGGAGCAAGUUAUGGCGGUCUUGGCAACGCUUAUCAAGGUCGAGGACAAUUCAAAACAGCAAUCGAGUACCAUCAACGUCAUCUAGAAAUUGCUAAAGAAGUGGAAGACAAGGCCGGAGAGGGAAAAAGUUAUGGCAAUCUCGGCAACGCUUAUCGUGGUCUAGGACAGUUCAAAACAGCAAUCGAGUACCAUCAACGUGAUCUAGGAAUUGCUAAAGAAGUGGGAGACAAGGCUGGAGAGGGAGUAAGUUAUUGCGGUCUCGGCAAUGCUUAUAAAAAUCUAGGACAGUUCAAAACAGCAAUCGAGUACCAUCAACGUCACCUAGAAAUUGCUAGAGAAGUGGGAGACAAGGACCGAGAGGGGGCAAGUUAUAGCGGUCUCGGCAACGCUUAUCGAGGUCUAGGGCAGUUUAAAACAGCAAUAGAGUACCAUCAACGUUGUCUAGAAAUUGCUAAGGAAGUGGAAGACAAGGCCGGAGAGGGAGCAAGUUAUUGCGGUCUUGGCAACGCUUGUAACCAUCUAGGACAGUUCAAAACAGCAAUCGAGUACCAUCAACGUCAUCUAGAAAUUGCUAAAGAAGUGGAAGACAAGGCCGACGAGGGAAAAAGUUAUGGCAAUCUCGGCAACGCUUAUCAAGGUAUAGGACAGUUCAAAAUAGCAAUCGAGUACCAUCAACGUGAUCUAGAAAUUGCUAAAGAAGUGGAAGACAAAGCCGGAGAGGGAGCAAGUUAUGGCGGUCUCGGCAACGCUUAUCGAGGUCUAGGACAAUUCAAAACAGCAAUCGAGCACCAUCAACGUCACCUAAGAAUUGCUAAAGAAGUGGGGGACAAGGCCGGAGAGGGAGCAAGUUAUUGCGGUCUUGGCAACGCUUGUGACCGUCUAGGACAGUUCAAAACAGCAAUCGAGUACCAUCAACGUCAUCUAGAAAUUGCUAAAGAAGUGGAAGACAAGGCCGGAGAGGGAAAAAGUUAUGGCAAUCUCGGCAACGCUUAUCGUGGUCUAGGACAGUUCAAAACAGCAAUCGAGUACCAUCAACGUCAUCUAGAAAUUGCUAAAGAAGUGGGAGACAAGGCUGGAGAGGGAGCAAGUUAUUGCGGUCUCGGCAAUGCUUAUCAAGGUCUAGGACAGUUCAAAACAGCAAUCGAGUACCAUCAACGUCACCUAGAAAUUGCUAGAGAAGUGGGAGACAAGGCCGGAGAGGGGGCAAGUUAUAGCGGUCUCGGCAACGCUUAUCGAGGUCAAGGGUAGUUUUAAAUAGCAAUAGAGUACCAUCAAAGUUGUCUAGAAAUUGCUAAGGAUGUGGAAGACAAGGCUGGAGAAGGAGCAAGUUAUUGCGGUCUUGGCAACGCUCAUAACAGUCUAGGACAGUUCCAAACAGCAAUCGAGUACCAUCAACGUCAUCUAGAAAUUGCUAAAGAAGUGGAAGACAAGGCCGGAGAGGGAAAAAGUUAUGGCAAUCUCGGCAACGCUUAUCAAGGUCUAGGAAAGUUCGAAAUAGCAAUCGAGUACCAUCAACGUAGUCUAGAAGUUGCUAAAGAAGUGGGUGACAAGGCCGGAGAGGGAGCAAGUUAUUGCGGUCUUGGCAUUGCUUAUAACAGUCUAGGACAGUUUAAAACAGCAAUCGAGUACCAUCAACGUAGUCUAGAAGUUGCUAAAGAAGUGGAAGACAAGGCCGGAUAGGGAGCAAGUUAUUGCAGUCUCGGUUACGCUUAUCAUGGUCUAGGACAGUUCAAAACAGCAAUCGAGUACCAUCAACGUAGUCUAGAAGUUGCUAAAGAAGUGGGUGACAAGGCCGGAGAGGGAGCAAGUUAUUGCGGUCUUGGCAUUGCUUAUAACAGUCUAGGACAGUUUAAAACAGCAAUCGAGUACCAUCAACGUAGUCUAGAAGUUGCUAAAGAAGUGGAAGACAAGGCCGGAGAGGGAGCAAGUUAUUGCAGUCUCGGUUACGCUUAUCAUGGUCUAGGACAGUUCAAAACAGCAAUCGAAUACCAUCAACGUCAUCUAGAAAUUGCUAAAGAAGUGGAAGACAAGGCCGGAGAGAGAGCAAGUUAUUGCGGUCUUGGCAACGUUUGUAACAGUUUGGGACAGUUCAAAACAGCAAUCGAGUACCAUCAACGUUAUCUAGAAAUUGCUAAAGAAAUUGAAGACAAGGCCGGAGAGGGAGCAAGUUAUUGCGGUCUGGGCAACGCUUAUCAAAGUUUAGGACAGUUCAAAAUAGCAAUCGGGUACUAUCAACGUAGUCUAGAAGUUGCUAAAGAAGUGGGUGACAAGGCCGGAGAGGGAGCAAGUUAUUGCGGUCUUGGCAUUGCUUAUAACAGACUAGACAGUUUAAAACAGCAAUCGAGUACCAUCAACGUUGUCUAGAAGUUGUUAAAGAAGUGGAUGACAAGGCCGGAGAGGGAGCAAGUUAUUACGGUCUUGGCAAUGCUUAUCAAGGUCUAAGACAGUUCAAAACAGCAAUCGAGUACCAUCAACGUCAUCUAGAAAUUGUCAAGGAAGUGGGUGACAAGGCCGGAGAGGGAAAAAGUUAUUGCCUUCUCGGCAGGAUUCAUAGCGGGCAAAGAGAGUUGAAAACGGCAAUCGAGUGUUAUCAACGUCACCUAGAAAUAUCCAAAGAAGUGGGAGACAAGACUGGAGAAGCGUGCUCACUCUGUCUUCUUGGAAGCAGUUUUGAGUGUCAAGGAAAUCAUAUGAUGGCCUUUGACUGUUAUCACUCGAGUGUAGAGUUGUAUGAUGAUAUCAGGGCCAGUCUUCAACUCAACGAUCAGUGGAAGAUUUGUUAUCGUAAUCAGCACCAAAGUGCAUACAAGGCUUAUGGCGUUUAA